UUUACACAGCUCAGCUCAAGCCAUUAGCGCACACCGCUGGGGGGAGUCUGGUGAUUGGCUAGACGACUCCAAGCACAGCCGAAUGGCCAUAUGCAGCGAGCCUCCUCUUUUCUCACGCCCUGAGUGCGGUGGUACAGUCCUCUGGGUACCAGACGAGAGCGCGCAGCUAUGGGCUCAGAGGAGGAGAGUGGCGGUGGUUGCUAGGAGCGGGCUUUGUUAUUCGUGGUGCCCGGGCAUGGCCACCCCCGCCGAGCCUCCCAGAAGGGAGGAGCUGCUGUGAACUGUUCCCCGCCACCUGUCCGAGGACCGGUCAGUCAUGAGCGACCUCAGCCGGGAUUCGGUUAUCCGCUUCAUAAGCCAGGGGGGCGGCCGUGUGUCCAACCAGCUGCUGCUGGAGCAUUUCCGGCCUUUGCUGACCGCGGAGCCCCCAGGAGAGGCCCGGACCGCCGCCCGCCAGCUGUUCAAAGACACGGUGAAUGAGGUGGCGAGCGUGCGGGCGGAGGAAGGGGUGAAGUACGUGUGCUUGCGAAAGAAGUACCGGAGAGCGGCAGAGACUAGUCCCGAGACCCCGGAGCCGGAGAAGGGCAGCCCGGAGCCCAUUAGUAGCGGAGAGGAUACCGGGGAUGCCGCCAGCACACCGGAGCCGAGCGAUGAGCCGCCUACAGACUCUGGGCCCGGGGAGGAGACGGGAGACGAGUCCUCAGGGAGCAGGGGGUCCCCGGGUUAUGACGCUCCUCCCCGCAUCUCCGUGACUUCGGAACCGGGGGAUGAUGCGGACACCCACAAGCCGCCCCCAGACCCCCCAGAUGUCUUCCAUCUCAGCGGGAGGACUCCGCGAAACAGCCGCCGAGGAGUCCGGGAUCCGGUGUCCCCACAGCUGCGCCGGGGAGGCUUGCUGCUCCGGGCCGGCCUACGGGACUCUGACAGCUCGUCCCUGCACAGCUCCUCGUCUGUGUCCGGGAAUGAGGAGGACGACGGGGGGACGGGCUCGUUGUCGGGGUCGGCGGCUCUGGAGCCCCUGGAGCACGCGUGGAUGGUGAGCUCAUGCCGGGCACGAUGGGACAGUCUGCAGGAGCUGCUGAUCACCGAGCCCGGCCUCAUCACCCGCCGGGACUUCAUCACCGGCUUCUCCUGCCUGCACUGGGCCGCCAAGCACGGGCAGCACGAGCUCCUGGCAGCACUGCUCACCCACGCCCGACAGCACCGGGUACCCGUCAACAUCAACGCCCGGGCAUCUGGAGGCUACACCGCCCUGCACCUGGCCGCCAUGCACGGCCACCUGGACGUCAUCAAGCUGCUGGUCGGGGCGUAUGAUGCCGAUCUGGACAUCCGAGACUACAGCGGCAGGAAAGCCUGGCAGUACCUGAGCCCGGACACUGCCCGUGAUGUGCAGGCACUGGUGGGAGCCUUACCGACCGCGGAGGGGGAGGAGGAUGGGGGCAGCUCCGGGUCGGGCCGCUGGCGGCUCUCUAGGGUUCUGCCCUCACAGCUCAUCGUACACCGCCUGUCACAGCUGCCCGAGGACGAGCAGGACGGAGGGGGACGCAACAGAGCGGACAUCAGCAGGAAGGGCUCCGGCCGGGGGAGACCUCGGCUCAAUAAGAUCAGGUUCAGGACACAGAUCAUCCACAGUAACCUGUCCGCCAGAGACCCCGACUACGACGACGACAGGCUGCUUAAAAGCCCCAUUCGACAUCGUCCCAAAUCCAACGUCUUCGGCUGACACUACAAAACCUGAGGGAUACAAGCUAUUACCUCCUGUUAUCAGCCAGGAGGGGGUUACUGAUCACUCCCUGAUCUCCAGCCCUGCUCCUAUAAGCUGUGGACUGUCAGGGGGACCCUGCAUAUAUGUUACUUGUAGUGCUACAUGUUCCUGGGAUCUGCCCUUGUGUUGGUGAGGCGCUUUCUUGCCCCGGUGUGGGAAAACCUUUCUGUGAACUUUUUCGCUAAAGUAUUUUAAGAAGGUACUGUUGCCAUUAGCAACCAAUCAGAUUUAAAGGGGUACUCAGCAGCUCAGCGUUUGGAACAAACUGUUCUGAACACUGGAGCUGGGAGCUUGUGAUGUCACGUCCCACCCCCUCAAUGCAAGUCUAUGGGAGGGGGCGUGACGGCAGUCACGCCCCCUCCCAUGGACUUGCAUUGAGGGGGUGGGGUGUGAUGCAUGAGGGGGCGGGGCUAUGACAGUUUGUUCCAAACACUGAGCUGCGGAGUACCCCUUUAAACUUUCAUUUAUACACAUGUCUUAAAAUAAAGGAUUUCAUUGGUUGAUACGGGCAACACUGACAUGAAGCAGUUUUGUGUAGGGGUGAAAAACAUAGGAGUUUAUUCCCCAUAGUAUCCAUUGAGCGUAAUAUAAAAGCCAGAUUCAUACUGGUUGCUAUGAAGUUUAUACAUAGGUUUAUACUAGGUUGUCUUUAUUUUUAUUGACUAACAUUUGAUACACAACUAUGUUGCACUUUUUUUGUAACAAAAAUAUAACCGAUAUGUAAGGGAGCCAAAGCUGCUGCCAGUGCUAUACUACAGCAGUGCACCAUUUGGUGAUAGUGAAGUGGGGGGUGGGGGGGUUCAUAUGCCAGGUUGUUAACCCUUGUAAUGGAAACCACAGGAAUAGCACUUUUUGUAAAUGGAACAUUCCAGAAAGGACCAGCGUUUAGUAUAAGGUCAGGGUCACACAUCUUGGGUGCCGUGCAUCAUGUCUGGCUAUAGAGAUUCCAUACAGCAGGGAAGAGACCUCGGUAUAAGGGUGCGAUCACAUGCUGCCACUUGAUGUGUAUCAUAGAAUUACCUUUCUAUCCUGAGGAUCCUGUUUCCUCCAUUGUAUUGGUUAUUUGUGUGCUUGUGUCGUGCCAUAAUGUGGUGAUUUCACAAGGACCAGGACAACACACGAACAAGUGUCAUGACUGGCAAACAAGCAGGAUGAUGUAAAAGGCUUGGGACAUCUUCCAACCCAUUUUAAUUGCAUCGCAUGUACUUUACCAGAAAAGUUUUUUUCGAAUCUCCUAACUGCUAAUCUAAGUUAAUCCUAUUUGAUUCCGAUUUCUUUUGUUUUUUUUUUAUUCUUAGAUUAUAGUUCUAAGGUAGGGUCACACUGAGUGGAUCCGCAGCAUAUUUAACGCUGUGAGAAAUCUGCCGAGCAGGAAAUACACUGUAUGUGCUAGGAGGUGACACAGCUUUCCCCGCUACAGCCCUGUCUCUGCAAUAAGAUUUGGAGGUCGGCCGUGGGCACCAGCAUAACUGUGACGUGCAGCCGGCUCCUGAGCCUUAUUGCAAACACAGCUCUGUGGAAGGGAAAGUCCUGUGUCGCCUCCUAGAGUAUACGCAGUGUAUUUAGUGCUGCUUGGCAGAUUUCUCACAGUGUCAAAUAUGCUGCGGAUCCGCUCAGAGUGACACUACCCUUACUCCGGUGGAAAACUUUAUUUUAUUUUUUUAAACUUAACUGGUUCCAGAAAGUUAAACAGAUUUGUAAAUUACUUCUAUUAAAAAAUCUUAAUCCUUCCAGUACUUAUUAGUAGGGAUCGACCGAUUACCGGGAAGGUAAUUGCCGAUAAUGCACCGCGACCGACCCACCGCACCGCGUCGCACCCCCCACCACGCUUCUUCUUGCUCCUGCUGCGUCCUGCGUUACGCUGUGCGCAGUGACGUGCGCGACGUGACGUCACCGUCAAUGCGCACAGUGACAGUUCAGGAGGACGCCACCGGAGCCAGAUGUAGAGUGGACCCCGGGAACAGGUAGUUAUAAAACCGGGGAUGGGGGAGGCAAUGGGGGCGGGGCGGUGGCGAUGAUAGGUCUCAGGACCCCCGGACAGGCAGGGGGAGAGAAGUGGGUGGCGGCGGCGGUCUAUGGCACCGCAAAAGCCACUGCAGUGCAUUGAUUUAAAGCGCCGGCUUUAAAUCAAUGAUCUGCAGCGGUGUCACGGGGGGAUAAAUAGCCGAUAACUUAUAUCGGAAUAUCGGUAUACGUUAUCAGCUAACGGCCCUAAAAAAAAAAAAACGAUAUCGGUCGAUCCCUACUUAUUAGCUGCUGAAUAAUACAGAGGAAAUUCUUUUCUUUUUGGAACACAGAGCUCUCUGCUGAAUCACAGGCACAGUGCUCUCUGCUGACAUCUCUGUCCAUUUUAGGAACUGCCCAGAGCAGCAUAUGUUUGCUAUGGGGAUUUUCUCCUCCUGGACAGUUGUUAAAAUGGACAGAGAUGUCAGCAGAGAGCACUGUGCUCUUGAUGUCAGCAGAGAGCUCUGUGUUCCAAAAAGAAAAGAAUUUCCUCUGUAGUAUUCAGCUAAUAAGUACUGGAAGGAUUUAAGAUUUUUUUAAUAGAAGUAAUUUACAAAACUGAUUUAACUUUCUGGCACCAGUUGAUCGACUGCUAGGACCCCUGCUAUCUCCAGCAUGCAACGCCAACAUGCCUCCAUUUAUCUCUAUGGGCAUGUUGACCGCCACUUUGUGCGGGGUCAACAUGCCGCAUUCCUGGGCAGAGCUGGCGUCCCAUGCAAGACGGGGGGGGGGAUUCAGGAGAGGACAGAGAAGCCACAGAUUGAAUCUUCGGAUGAAAUGAAGGCAGGAACGCACUGAGCAGCUUGGAAAUAAUACAUCAUGCCCAGCAUUUCUAAUGCCAAGGUGAAAGUAUACACCUUUAGUAGCUGUCAAAACUCUUUUGCUGCUAUCUUCCCGGCCCCCUAUACACAUGCACUGAAGCAUGCUCUAUACUGUCUCAACGUGGUCUGUCAGGGGAGAGUUGGAAAGCUUUAGCCCACAUUAGUCAGUUGGUCCAUCACUCUGUGUGGACAGCUUUGCACUAAUGUGUAUAGAGCACUUAAAGGGGUAUUCCAGGCAAAACCUUUUUUUAUUUAUAUAUAUCAACUGGCUCCGGAAAGUUAAACAGAUUUGUAAAUGACUUCUAUUAAAAAAUCUUAAUCCUUCCAAUAGUUAUUAGCUUCUGAAGUUUUCUGUCUGACAGAUCAAUGAUGAAGGUCGGGGACGGGCACGGUAGGCAUCAAACUGAUCAGUGUCCCCUGCACUACCAGUGAGUACCGCUGGUUAGGGGGGAGCAAGCCGACAGUUUUCCUUUAAGAUGCAACAAAUUAUGCGGCACAAGCCUCUUAAUAAAUUUGAUGCAUUUUCCUGGUGACAUUAGCUUGUAAUGAUAGGAAGAAAAGUUAUGAGCAUAUAUUUAUAUUAGCAAUUGCCAUAUGAUCUCUGUAAGUUUAAUAGUGGUUAUAUACAGUGUAUGUGUAGGAAUAAUCAUUCUAAACUCAUAGACCAUUCACCUUAACAGGCCAAAAUGUUAUAACCAACAACUAUUAUUUUUAUAUUUUAUAACUAAUCUUUCAGUGACUUCAUCUGUUUCCAUAGGAUUCCAAUUUAAUCGGUACAUUAACCUUAUGGAAAAAACAUAGAAAGCUAUGAAACUACUACCUCAUAGAGUCCAUGAUAAAUAUUGAUUUUACAUAGUGUAUCCCAAAAUUGUAGAUUAUAAAAAUUUCUAUUCAUGGAAAGAUAACAAACCAAACACUAUUGCACUGUAACCAGAUGUGUGACCCUGGCUAAGGGGCUGGGUUCACAUACUGCUUAAUUUUUUUUGUGUUUUUAGGGAGAGGGGAGACAAAGACUUUUCUUGUAAUAUGAUAUAUUAAAGGUAUUUCACUUUAAAAAAGCCAAUAUUAUUGAUUGACAGUACUUUACACUUUUUUUUUUUUUUUUUUUGCCUUUUUUCCAGUUAUUGGCUGAAAAAAAGUCUAUAGAUAAAAUGUGGCCAUAUUUUUUUUUUUUUUUUUUUUUUACUGUGUGUGAACAAGGCCUUUUGGGGGAAAUUGAUCAAACCUUGUGGAAAUGAGCAGUAAAGCAGUUGCCUAUAGCAACCAAUCAGAUCCCAGCUUUAUUUUAUUUAUUAAAAAACCUCUGAAAAAUGAAAGCAUUCUGGUUGCUAUAGGCAACUAAUCCCCCUGCUCCUCUGCACACAGUUUGAGAAAUCUCCCCCUAUGCGUCUCCAUGGUGACAGAUAACAAUAAAAAGCUGUGUAGUCUGGUACGGCUUUUAUACUAUUUGAUAACAUCCCAAAUAGGUCAUCGGUACACAUGGAGUAGGUGAAGGUAGCCUGACUACAGAAUAAAUAGUUACUAUGGAGACACAGACAUCUGCCUGAGAGCUGUAAACAUAACAUGGUAAGGUAUUUUUAUUUACAUGUGCAAAGUUUCUUCACAAUGUUAAAUGCAUUAGUAUGUUCAAAAGUUAGUUGCAAAGGUGGACAUUGGCUGUAAACAUACAGUGUGAACCCGGCCCAGUAAUGGUACCGAAACACUAUACACUAGACUGCAGGUUACUUAAAUAAACAGCACUUUGUCACAAGCUCCACGUUCAUGACAAAAACAAUGCUCUGGUGUCGGCCAGCUACAGGAUGCAUUGUCUGCAUGAGGAGUUUCUAUGUUGUCUCAUUUGCAGGUAUUGAUACUAAUGCUUUGUUUGUUUAUUGUAUAAAAGUGGGGGUUUUAUACUGUACUUUGCUGACAAAUUGUUAUCUUUUGUUACCUCGGUAAGAUGCCUCAAUGCCUGAUUUGCACUAUUUGUCUUUUCAUCUCUGUUAACUAAACACUCUGAUCAACAAUGA